CAAAGCACACUUUCCUCUUUUCACGUUUACUGAGAAAAGUCCUCUGAAAGACAGCUCCACUUCUCAGUUCUCACUUUCUCCCUCACUCUCUCAUCUUCCAAAGCUCUCUCCAAUGGCUAUCAUUACAGAAGAAGAAGAGGAAACGAAAACCCUAGUUCCUCCUGGGAGUAAAGAAUCGAUUACGAAGAACCCUAAACCUCAAUCUGAAAACCCUUUUCCUUUUUGGUUCUACUUUACAAUCAUCUUCUCACUCGCCACUCUCCUCUUCGUAUCUAUCUCUCUCUACUCUUCUCAGAACGAUCCCAGAUCCUGGUUUCUCUCGCUCCCACCAGCUCUCCGUCAACAUUACUCAGAUGGAAGAACAAUCAAAGUCCAGGUAAACCCAGACGAAUUACCAAUCGAAGUAUUUGUAGCUGAAUCUGGUCCGGCUCAAUCGGAGAAUGUGAUAAUCGUUCACGGGUUAGGGCUUAGCUCGUACGCGUUUCGAGAGAUUAUCCAAUCUCUUGGAUCUAAAGGGAUUCAUGGUGUAGCUAUUGAUUUGCCCGGGAAUGGAUUCUCUGACAAAUCGAUGGUAGUGGUAGGUGGAGAUAGAGAGAUAGGGUUUGUGGGUAGAGUUAAGGAAGUUUAUGGUUUGAUUCAAGAGAAAGGCGUUUUCUGGGCGUUUGAUCAUAUGGUUGAGACUGGAGAUUUGCCUUACGAAGAAAUCAUUAAGCUUCAAAAUUCGAAACGGAGAAGCUUGAAAGCUAUUGAACUAGGGAGUGAAGAAACAGCUAAGGUUUUAAGUCAAGUGAUUGAUACUUUGGGUUUAUCUCCUGUGCAUUUGGUUCUUCAUGAUUCAGCACUUGGGUUAGCUUCAAACUGGGUUUCCGAGAAUCCCCAAAGUGUUCGAAGUAUAACGCUUCUUGACUCCAGUAUUAACCCAUCAUUGCCCUUGUGGGUUUUGCACAUACCUGUAAUAAGAGAGGUCUUGUUAGGGUUUUCGUUUGCUUUCAAGAUGCUAGUGAGCUUACGUUGCUCCAAGGACAUGACUUUAUCGCAAAUCGAAGCUCAUAGGAUACUUUUGAAAGGAAGAAACGGGAGGGAAGCUGUUCUCGGUUCGCUUAAGAAGCUUAACCAUAGCUUUGACAUUGCACAGUGGGGUAACUCAGAUGCGGUCAAUGGUAUCCCUUUGCAAGUGAUUUGGUCUAAACAAGUGUCUGAUGUAUGGAGCGAGGAAGGCGAACUUGUAUCUAAGGCUCUUCGAAAGGCAAAGUUUGUCACUCAUUCAGGUAGCCGUUGGCCUCAGGAAAGCAAAUCGAGCGAGCUUACAGGUUACAUUACUGAUUUCGUUUCUGCGUUCCCGAUAUCCUUCAAACGGGUCUCUGAAGAACCUAUCCCAGAGAAAGUGCAGAAAAUAUUAGAUGAAGCAAAGGCUGGUGGGGACCAUGACCACGCCCAUACUGGUUACACAGAUGCUUACGGUCUUGGUGAGGGAUGGACUACUUGAUAUGGUUGGAGUUCUUGAUGCUUGUUUAAGUUUAUGACUACUCGGAAUUUUUUUUUACUUUUGUUUGAAUUCUUAGAUAUUGUUAUAUAAACCCGUGUGUUUCUCAGCAAAUUUUCAAUUGGAAAAAUCUACAAUUCUAAAAAUUGGUCAUAAACAGUCAUUCGAGUG